GCCAUCACCCUCCUCCCAGGACUGGCUGCUGCGGCGGAUGAGACCGGCGAGGCCAUCCCAGGCGCGCUGACUCGGAAGUAAGCCCACCGUUUCCAACGCAGCUUGCUCCCAAGUAAAACGCAUGCUUGGUGGAGGUGAAAGAUGACCACCCUCACGCGGCAGGAUCUCAAUUUUGGCCAAGUUGUUGCUGACGUGCUUUCUGAAUUUUUGGAAGUGGCUGUUCACCUCAUUCUUUAUGUCCGGGAAGUCUAUCCCACGGGGAUUUUUCAGAAGAGGAAAAAAUACAACAUACCAGUCCAGAUGUCUUGCCACCCGGAGUUGAAUCAAUACAUCCAAGACACCCUUCAUUGUAUCAAACCACUGCUGGAAAAGAAUGACGUGGAAAAAGUUGUGGUGGUCAUCCUGGACAAAGAGCACCAUCCGGUGGAGAGGUUUGUUUUCGAAAUCACGCAGCCGCCUCUGCUGUCCAUCAGCUCCGAUUCCCUCCUGAACCACGUGGAACAGCUGCUGCGUGCUUUUAUUCUGAAGAUCAGCGUGUGUGACGCAGUACUGGAUACCAACCCACCAGGCUGCACUUUCACCGUCUUAGUCCACACAAGAGAGGCUGCUACUAAGAACAUGGAAAAGAUCCAGGUGAUCAAGGAUUUCCCCUGGAUCCUCGCAGACGAGCAAGACGUCCAUAUGCAGGACCCGAGGCUGAUUCCAUUGAAGACCAUGACCUCAGAUAUUUUGAAGAUGCAGCUUUAUGUAGAAGAGCGAGCUCAAAAAGGCAGCUGAAUCGAACGCUUCUUGCAGAGCUGAGAUCGCCAAGAGCAUUUCUACGCAAGCAGGCUGCGGGGCACACGGACUCGCUCCAGCCUCCCUGGCACGUGUGCGCAGAUAUUUUUCAAAAGUGCUCUUACUUCCGUGUAUAGAAGAGACUCCUAGAAGAAGAAACUGUACAGCCGUCAGUGAGGUUGUGUGACUUUGUUUUGGGGGGUGUAUAAAAAGCGUCCAGGCCACUCAGGGCUGGUUUUUAAGUGUGUGUGGAAAGAGGUGCUGCAUCCAUUCUGUCUCUUUUUCGAGCCUUGAGAGUACUCACUUAUAAGCAUUGCUUGGUUCUAAAAUCCCUACGCGAGGUUCACAAGGAC